AAGCAUACCAAGUACUUGUCAGACAAUGCUUGUUUUGCAUUGUUCUUUGUUGAAAAUGUAUGACUGACACCAUUUCCCAUCUUUUUCCCUGUUGAUUUCACUCUUCUUAGAUGUGUGUUCAAACUGAAGUAUUUUUUGGCGUUUGUUGAGAAUGGUCACCGGAAUUUAGUAAUAAGAAACCAUUCUUAAAAGAUACAUCUUUUCAUAAAUUCAAGAUCUGUAUGAUUUCUUCCAGUGAAUAUAGCAAAAAUUAGCGUUGCUUUUUUGCUUUAUUAUCACAGAUGUGAGGCAGGAUGUUUUGGUAGACUCAGCAUUUAUUUAGAGGUAAGAAGUAUUAAAAAAUUACUACCACUAGCAAGAAUUUUUACUGAAACAAAAGUAUAGAUUGGGGACCAAAAAUAACUUAAUGUAUAAGUUACUUACAGCUUUGGAUUGCAGAUUCUUGAAAUGGUUCUGGGCUAAGAUGCAGAUGUUACUUCUAGUCUUUUUAAAAAUAAAUUUUAAAUAGAAUAGAAUAUCUUGGUGCUGUUCCAUUUCUCAUAAAUUGAAAGGAUCUGGUGUUUUCCAGUUCAGAAGAAUAGAAAAUCACACAGGCCAAAAGAAGAAACAAAAAAAGGGUGGCACUUUCUUUAAGAGACAGCUAAUUUGACCCAAGACAUCAUGUUCACAAAAAUUGUUUAGCUUUACAGAUGAUUUUAAACGAUAGCUUUGUUUGCCUACAGUUUUGUUUUGUUGUUAGAUUGCCUAACGAGUCAAUAGUGCAAAGCCUUGUGUCAGUCUUGAAACAUCUUCAGAAGUGCUGGUUUCUUGAGGAAUUUAAAAACCUGGGGGUCAUCCUCAUCGUUUUUUUUUUUUAGUGUGUGCAUACACACACCAUUAGGCAGUCCUGUGAUUAUAGAGCCAUCUGCAGGAAAAUUGUCAAGUUGCAACAUAGUUAAUGAUUCUCUUACUGUGUUAUUUCAAGUGGUAAAUGAGAAGUGACAAACUGCAAUUCACGAAGGGAAGGAAAGGGAAAGGACAGCCAAGAGAUGCAGGGGCAGCGGGAUCCCCCCCUCCUUAAUUUUUCAAAGAAAACUGCUUUGUCAUUGUGAGUUUGUGAUCAAAAGAAACAUGCAAUUUGCUUCAGAUUUUACAUAUUCUCGGUAUAUGCACCAUCCCCAAAUUCAGAUGAUUUCAACCGUGAAUCUCCUAGUUAUCCAUCUCCUAAGCCACCAACCAGUAUGUUUGCUAGCACUUUCUUUAUGCAAGAUGGGACCCACAAUUCUUCUGACCCUUGGAGUUCAUCAAAUGGGAUGAGCCAGCCUGGUUUUGGUGGAAUUCUGGGGACCUCCACUUCCCACAUGUCUCAAUCCAGUAGUUAUGGCAACCUUCAUUCACAUGACCGCUUGAGUUAUCCUCCACAUUCAGUUUCACCAACAGACAUAAACACGAGUCUUCCACCAAUGUCCAGCUUUCAUCGCGGCAGUACCAGCAGUUCACCUUAUGUUGCUGCCUCCCACACUCCUCCCAUCAAUGGAUCAGAUAGCAUUCUAGGAACCAGAGGGAAUGCUGCUGGAAGCUCACAGACAGGUGAUGCACUUGGAAAGGCUUUGGCAUCUAUUUAUUCUCCUGACCAUACCAGCAGUAGUUUUCCAUCAAAUCCAUCAACACCAGUUGGAUCACCUUCACCUCUCACAGGUACCAGUCAGUGGCCCAGACCUGGAGGGCAAGCACCUUCAUCCCCAAGCUAUGAAAACUCACUCCACUCCCUGAAAAAUCGAGUUGAGCAGCAACUUCACGAGCAUUUGCAAGAUGCAAUGUCCUUCUUAAAGGAUGUCUGUGAGCAGUCUCGAAUGGAGGAUCGUUUAGACAGACUGGAUGAUGCAAUCCAUGUGCUGCGGAACCAUGCUGUGGGACCUUCCACCAGUUUGCCUACUGGUCACAGUGAUAUACACAGUUUGUUGGGACCAUCCCAUAAUGCACCAAUUGGAAGCCUCAAUUCAAACUAUGGAGGAUCAAGCCUUGUUGCAAGCAGUCGAUCAACUUCAAUGGUUGGAACUCAUCGGGAAGACUCUGUCAGUCUCAAUGGCAAUCAUUCAGUCCUGUCUAGUACAGUCACUACUUCAAGCACAGACCUGAACCAUAAAACACAAGAAAAUUAUAGAGGUGGCUUGCAGAGUCAGUCUGGAACUGUUGUUACAACAGAAAUCAAGACUGAAAACAAAGAAAAGGAUGAAAACUUUCAUGAACCUCCUUCAUCAGAUGACAUGAAGUCAGAUGAUGAAUCCUCCCAAAAAGACAUCAAGGUUUCAUCUAGAGGCAGAACAAGCAGUACUAAUGAAGAUGAGGAUUUGAACCCUGAACAGAAGAUAGAAAGGGAGAAGGAGAGGCGGAUGGCUAACAAUGCCAGAGAACGCUUACGCGUGCGGGAUAUUAAUGAAGCAUUCAAAGAGCUUGGCCGAAUGUGUCAACUUCACUUGAAGAGUGAAAAACCCCAAACAAAACUCCUUAUUCUUCAUCAAGCUGUGGCAGUCAUCCUUAGUCUAGAACAGCAAGUCAGAGAGAGGAACCUUAACCCCAAAGCAGCCUGCCUUAAGAGAAGGGAAGAAGAAAAAGUUUCUGCCGUAUCGGCAGAGCCGCCAACCACACUGCCAGGAACCCAUCCUGGGCUUAGUGAAACUACCAACCCUAUGGGUCAUAUGUAAACAUCAGCCAGUUCCAGAGUUAUCAGUAGGCUAGAUAGAAGGUGACCUCUCCUCAUAAGGACUUGGACAACUCAGAUUAUCUGAAGACACAGACCUGACAGGAGGGAGAAGAAAAAACAAAACACUUGAAGCAAGAAACUCAAAUGUAAUCCUACGAUCAAAGCAACUGGUCAACACUUCCAUCAGAAGUGAAGAUAGGAAGCUCAUCAGAUAGAACAUCAGCCCAUGAGAUGUUUGCAACAAAUCAUUUUGUUGCAAGCAGUGUGUCGCUUCUGCACAAUCAGAGACUGUCUCGAUCUCUCCACUCACCGUGGAAGUUGCCUUGUGCCUAAACUGAAUUGACAAAUGCAUUGUAACUACAAAUUUUAUUUAUUGUUAUGAAACUGUAAGGUCUACAUAUAAAGGGAAAAAGUUAAUGUGGAAAGCUGAUCUACACUCAGCUGAUGCCAGCAUACAUUAAAGCGGUUCACGUGCAGAGAACAAAGCAGUGACAACCAUUGGCCCUUAGCAUUCCCGGCAUACCUAUUAGUGUCUUAAAAAGGAAGGGAAAAGUCUUUUGUUGCCCUCUCCUAUCCUUUUGCCAUAUGAAUAGUGUUUUCCAUGAAAUAGGAAAAUAUCACUUGGAAUAGCAUUUCUCUUGCUCUCAAUUUUUGAUUUAUUUUUAUUUUCUCUUUGUGGGUGUUAUAUUUGAUUUCUAAAUCUGAAUAGUUUAUGGUCACAGUCCAGCCUCCUCCAUGCAGCCCUGUGUGCUUUGCACAUUUACCUUACAGUGGUAAGCAGAGACCAUCUGUGACCAUAGCCUAGCUAGGAUUUUAAAAGGGGAAAUUUUGUUCUCUAGGUUUUCCCCCAAAUAAACAUUGCUUUAUUUCUAAUAAUAACCAAGACUUUUCAAGCUUCUAGAUCUCAUAGGAAAGCUUGUAACAGCAAAAUUGUAAAUUACAAGGGAAGAAUCUACUUUUUAGAAAUUGUUUUGUUUUCCAAGCAGUAAGUACUACAUACAGUACUUGUAAAGUGUUAGCUGUAAGUAAGCACAAAAUACAUUUAAAAUACAAUGACAAUUUUUUCAGGCUGUGAUUAUGGUGAACAUAACAAAACCCAGUAGUCACCAAGGCAGGUAGUGUGAUAAAUGAACACACCACUCUGAGGCUAAUUACCUAAUGGAAUACAAGAGCAAUGGUCACCCGUGUUUCCUUAUCCUAGCCUUUAUUUCUCUGUCAUUUGGAUGGCUGGUCAGUGGGGAAGAAUUCAGUGGGUGAUUUAAUCAACUGCAAACCAUCUGCCCCUGUCCCAAAAUGAUGAGCCAGAUUAGCAUUAAACCAGUAUUUGUCAGUCCAUCUUAAUACUGUUCAUUAAGGCACUCUCUGUCUCUAAUCCUUAGGAGUUGUUUUCAAAGACAUAAUCACUUUGAACUUCCAUGAAACCUGUCUUCCACCGCAGCAACCCUGGGAGAGAAAAACAUGCUAAACGAGGUAUCUUGGCUUAAUAAUUCCUUCUAGCCAACAUCAACAGUGGCAAUCAGCACACAGAGGAAAGGACCCAAAUCACUAUGUAGCUUAAAGAUUUCUGUUAAUUUGAAAGAACAAAAACAGGACAGAACUUCUGGUACUCUAAUCAGGAUGAUUCCUAACAAGUCAGUCAUUUGUGAACUUAGUGGACUUUUUGGUUACUUUAAUUUGCAUAUAUUCUCCAGUUACAUCAGACUCUAUCUGUGGCCUUGUUCUUCAUUUCAGUGUUAAUCAGCUAAACAGAAGUUGUUGCUUAUGAUGUGUGAGUGAACAUAUGCCACUGCCUGGCCUUUUUUUCUUCAGAGCUUGUUGUCUUUUUCGCUAUAUUAGACUUUGCAGUAUGCCCAGAAGCUUUCCUUCAUAAAAUAGAAAGAAAAAAACAUUUGGCUUAUUUUUCACUGUAGCUAGUCUUUUAUACAAUAAUCUUGUAAGAAAAUUUCUUGAAUUCUAAAUAUUACUCUUUCUAGAUUUUUGAAAUCAAAAAGUUUUCAGUAAAAAGUUUCUUACUUUAUUUUAUUAUAUUAGGUAGUAAAAAUGUAGGGUUAUUUACCAUAACCUGUUCAUUAAUAUCAGAAAUUUACAAUAGCAUUUUAAGACCAUAGUAGGAUUCUAGCAUACCGUGUAGUACCUAUGGAGUAUUGUAAGAGCUAAUUGUUGGAGAUGAAUUGCUUCUCAUCUUGUUCUCCAGUUUCCAUUGUUGGUUUAUUGCAGAUUUGUAUCCUGUGUCAAAUUCAAGGUAUUAUUGAUAAACCUUUUCAACCAGCAGCAAGAAGUUCAAAUUUUUUUCUGUCACUGUAACAGAAAACACAAUAUGUAUAUAACAUUUAUGUAGCAAUAAAUGUGCCAUCUUUUUUUUAACACAGUAAA